GCAGCUGUCAGGGGCCAGGCCGGGUCCCUGGGGCGGUGGUGAGGGGCCCCACCGCAGGACGGGUGUGAGGAGCUGUCACUGACUCUUCUGGGUGUGUGUGUGGGGGGGUGUCCCCUUCUGCUGUGGCUCAGGUGCAAAGGGGGGGCUGCCCCAGCCCUUGCAGAGGGGGCAACACAAUGAGCUCCCAGGAGGAUCAGUUCCAACAAGCAGCCCCUGCCCCAGCUGCCUCUUCGGCGGACGAUGGCAUGACCUGGUGGUACAAGUGGCUGUGCAGGAUCGCCGGUGUCAUCGGGGGCGUGUCCUGCGCACUUGCCGGCCUUUGGAACUGCGUGACCAUCAACCCCCUGAACAUAGCAGCUGGGGUGUGGAUGAUGUUAAAUGCCUUUAUCCUGUUCCUGUGCGAAGCGCCAUUCUGCUGCCAGUUUAUCGAAUUUGCAAACGCGGUGUCUGUGCGGGCGGAUAAGCUGCGGCCCUGGCAAAAAGCUGCCUUCUACUGUGGGAUGGCUGUGUUUCCAGUCAUACUCAGUCUGACACUGACCACGUUACUGGGAAAUGCUAUCGCUUUUGCAACAGGAGUGCUGUACGGCUUGUCGGCGCUUGGCAAGAAAGGGGAUGCCAUUUCCUAUGCAAGAAUCCAGCAACAGCAGAAGCAAGCGGAUGAGGAGAAGCUAACGGGGACUCUGGAGGGGCAGGCGCUGUAGAAUUCCCUCCUGGGAGCCGCAGCCUGCUGACACUGAGACUUUAAAAACGCAGUGGAAAUCCGUUCUGACACGAAUCUGAUCACUCUUCUAUCAAUUCCUUGGGGAACUUUCCAAACGCUGCAUCAACUAGAAUUCCAAGGGGCAAGAGGUGACACUUUGCUCUCCAAAAUAACCUCGAAAGAGCCUCACAUGGAGGUGUCUCAGUCUGUGAGUAUUGCACAUUGCAACUGGAAGACGCAGGUUUCACUGGGAAGAAGCCUCUUGUGUGAUUAGCUGCCCUGCCCAGCCCAGGUUAUACCCAGCACCAAAGAUCUGAAAAUCCCUUUUUGCCACCAGGGGUGUGUGACUUAAAUCUCAGCUGACUCUUCAAGUGCUGCUUAGCAAAGCCGAUAGUAUGUACCCAUUCCUCAGCAAGGUUCCUGGUUCACCACGGGGGAUCGAGAUGUACAGUGGGGUUUUUGCUGGCCGUGAUUUCACUUGGGGGCUAAUCUGGGCAUUGCCUGAGAAGAGCUGGAAGAUGUACCUGGAGCCCUGCGUUCUGGAUACCUGGCUUCUGGAAGGUGAAUUAGGAACACUGGGCAAGCUCGUACCAUCCCAGCUGAGAUGCUCUCCCCCAUUUCCAGAGUGCACUAUGGGGCCAGUUUCUGGUCCCACUGAAGUGAUUGGGAGGUUGCCUAUUGGCCCUGACAAAAAGUCUGGCUUUUUGUGCAUUACAAGUCUUCAGUGGUGCUCUGUGGUACAGAUUUUUAAGGGUGUACUAUGCUAAUCUAGGGUUUAAUGAUAUACAGUAGUGCAGAUGGCUGAAUGGAUUGGGUUAGGAACUAAUUGAUCCUUGGUGUUGCUUUAUUUUAGGGUUUUAGAUUAGGGGCAGUUAGGUCAGGAAUUACUGCCAUGUAGCGAAACACCUUUGACAGCACAAAAGUAACUUAAGACAAUAACAAACCCUCCAGAGACCUGAUCGGAAGCCCACAGAAGUUAAUGGAGAGACUCCCACGAUCUUGAAUGGAUUUUGGAUCAGGUCCUAAUACGUGUAGAGCACAACCUCCACAUCCCUCUGUGUAUAGUUGCAGGCAGCGGCUGCGUUGCACAGAGGACUUGAACCACAUCAGCUCCUCAAUUUGUCUCCGUAGGGAUUUUUUUUUCCUUUUCCUGUCACCACUCACCCUUUCACUGGAGGAAAAGGGGAGUAAGAAUUUCUUUCCCUCAGCAGAAAUGAUGGUAACAUUCCUUGAGCUCAGCAGGAUUUUGCUGGUCCUGUCCAUUUAAACGGUGACAUAGGGUAACUGGUAUGAAGGAAGGUCCCUUGCUCAGGUGCCCAGAUUCUGAUUUGGAAUCUUAAACCUCCUUAGGUGCUCUUUCUCCUACUGCCUCUCCAUGCAGCGUCGGUACCUACGGAUAUGGGACAUAUUCUUUUUUUCUGUCCCGCGCCGACAUUAGCAUUUAGGCUCAUGCCAAAAAGCAGGUGGCUUUCAGCCCCCCGUAUUGCUGCUGCGUGGGCAGGUGGCAUGCUUUUCCCUGCAGCGUUGGGAUGCCUCAGAUCAGGGAAGCGUUCUACGCUGCAUCCGCCUGGUAAAAUUUGCUUAGGAUUCUCUAAGAUGAACCAACUCACUUUAUACCAUGGAAUUUGUGUCCUGCUCUAAUAAUGCUUUUGCGUCCCCCACCCCCUGCCGCCGGCCUAUCAUCAUGUGUCGCUGAGAGGAUAGCCUGGCAGGUUGUAGUGCUCUUGCACAGAGUCAGGUGCAUUCGUUGCAUCCAGCAGCAAGGACACUGCCAGCCCAUUCCAGCUCAUAUUGUUCUCCCCUAGUUAACUUUUCUGUCCCAAGUUGCUGCUACUUUAAAGAGGCCGUGCUCGCGAAUGGACCCUCUGACUAGUCCAACUAGACACUACAUACUGUUUGCAGCUGUUGCCUCCCAUAGCAUGCUUUGUGACCGUUUGAUUUCCUUUUAAACUGUGAAAGUAAAGGCCUCAUCCUGUCCUGGAGCCACUAGACAAAGUGCAGAUAAAAAUAACAUUAACUCUAUCCUGGUGCCUUGGAACUUGAGCCCAGAUUCUGCGCUCUGAGUAAUCCAGAUUAAAUCCACUGAGCUCAGCGGGUGACUUUGGAGUUACACUGGUUUAGCUGAGAGCAAAAUGUGGCUCUUAGCUCGCAGAAGAAAAAGGCGACAUAAUAGCUUUGUGGGUUUUAACAAGCUAUAACUGUACACUACACUUGAGAAGUCUUACACAUCCUACAGGUGUAACCAAAUGAAUUCAACUGUUCGUCAUCACUUCCUGUUUUACCCUGCUGCUGUGCACUGUUAAACUGCUGCCGCGUGCUACCCCAGAGGUGGCUACAUUUUAAAGCAGGGCUUGAGGAUUCUCGGUGGUGCAGUUUUGGGAUCUUCCUGGCCGGGAAAAAAAAAGGCUCUUUAGUAAUUAAUAUGCAUCAUACCCGCUUUCUACUUGGGCACACAGGCUCUGAUCCUGCUCCUGUUCAGCUCAGUGCUGAAACUCCCAUUGACACUGUGGUGUAGGAUCAAAUCCACAUUCACCAGUUUUGUACUGGAUGGACUACAGAACUCGCUUCUUCUAUAGAACAUUCUACAUAAACAGUGCCCUGAUCGCAUUCUCUGUUUGAUUCUCUUCUGCCGGGUAUGGAUCAUUCUCUGAGUCCAGUUCCCUCUUUUCUCCACACUGACCCCUACACUGUCUUCUGAUCAUAGGUUUACACUGAAUUUAUGGUUUUGUUUUACACUGUUGCUUUUUGUUCUGGUUGAGAAGUGGAAGAAUAAUUUAUUUUGGGGUAUUUAAGUAUUUCUGCUGGGACUGUUCUCACUAGACAUAGAAGGAAACACUAUUUAACAGAGGACAGUGUUUUGCCAUAGUUCAAGGGAAUGUUUCGUUUAAUUUCAGGUGUCUCUCUGGGCAAAGAGAGGAGCCCUAGCUACUGUAAGAAAAUGCUCUGAACUGUUUCAGCCUUUAGAGUAAGGUGCUGUUUAUUACACACCCAGGAGAGGGAUUUACCAACCAGCUGACCUGUCGCUUUCCAGCCGCAGAGUCAGUGUGUGAAAUGAUCUUUUUAAGUUGUGUUCACAGUUUGGCUGACACCAUGUUAACAACAAUCCAGUUCAGAUCCGAUUGUGGCAGCACAGAUCCUAUAGUCACUGAAGUCAAUGGCAAAACUUCACUGACCUCAGUGGGAGCAGGGUUGAGCCCUGUCUUGUGGAAAAAUCAGGCUGCUGGUUUGAUUUUGCUGGAAGGCAUUAGUGUGUGUAUUGUAGAGCGAGCUGAUGGUGCCUCCUAAGGUUAUUGGGGCCAAGGCCUCAGCUGGUGCAAAUUGCCGUCACUCCAUGAAAGUCAAAGGAGCUCUGCAGAUUUACACCAGCCGAGACUCGAGCCCAGUGGUUCUCAAGCUUUUGUCCUGGUGACCCCUUUCACAUAAGAAGCCUCUGAGUGUGACCCUCCCUUAGAAAUGAAAAACACUUUUAAAUAUAUUUAAUACCGUUAUAAGUGCUGGCGGCAAAGCUGGGUUUGGGGCAGAGGCUGACACCUUGCGACCCCCCAUGUAAUAACCUCCCAGCCCCCUGAGGGGUCCCGACCCCCAGUUUGAGAACCCCUGAUCUAGCCCAGGGUUUAUUGGACAGACAGACAGACUCACAGACAUGCCUACGUCCCUGCAGCUCAGUCUUUAGCAGCUAUUUUGUUCCAAGUCCCCUCUCCCUAGGAUCUUAGCACCUCCAUCGCUUUACGUGAAUUGUCAACCCAGAUGCCACUGAGUUUAAUAAAUGGUCUGAUCCCAUUUGUGAGCCACUAGCUCCGGGUUAGAGCCGCAUUACUGUCAUGGACCUUCCUGCACAUGGAGCAUUGACUUUCCAGGGUAUUUGAGUUCCUAGGUAGCAUGGCACCUGGAUAACUUGCACCACUAAUGUCAAUGGCCUGGAUAACGUACAGUGAUUCUGUGUUUAAAGGAUACCUCAGAAUAAGACUGGUGGUGGAGUGUGUCAUGUGACAGCAGCCCUGUCUGGACAGCGUCCCUAUGCAAUACCUUUACUAGAUAAAAAAAGAAAAGUGUAAUGUCCCAUUGAGUGAAUGGGACAAUUGCACCAUUGAUUUCAAUGGGGUUUAGUGAAGUUAGACUAGUAUUCAGUAGGAGGAUAUCGCAGAGUAAAGCAUAGAGUUGCUGGCAUGAAUUAGUGGUGAUUGCUUUGUUCUGUGAGUAGUUAUACACUAGCCUGAAUAAAAGGAAAUUAAAAGCAAAGCAGAUGUGAUAGACUAACACGGAGUCUAACCUACACCCACAGAAGUAAGCCAGUGAAGUGGCGAGGUCCUUCAUUCACCAUGCUGUGCCUAGAUUCCUGUCAGGACGGGGUUCUCAGAAGGCCCCUGUUACAAUAACAUCUGAGCGCUUUUUGACCUUUCAAAUAUUUACUAAGAUUGGCCAGCUUGCAUGGUCUGAUUUUGCUUCUGUUGGUGUCAAUGGCAAAACUCCCCCAGACCUCAGUAGGAGGUCUCAUGAGAUCAUCCUGUGCUCUGAGCCCCAGGGUCUGGGGUCAGGCCCCAAUUCAGCAAAGAACUUAGGCAUGUGCUUAGGCCCCACUGACUUCAAUGAGCCUUAAGAACAUGCUCCGAGUUAAGCAUCCAGCAUGAAUUGGGGACAUAAGGACGUUUCUGUAAGGAUGGAGUACAAGCCUUUGGCCAGAAUUUUCAAGUGGCUACUAAAUUUGGGUGCCUCAAGACCCCCAGGACCUGAUUUCCAGAGGUGCCAAGCACCCACUGACUUCAGGACCAGCAUGGGGCACCCAAAAUUAGUGGGCCCUUUUGGAAACUUGGGCUUUAAAGCCCAAGACCCUCUUCGUGCUGCAGAUGACUCUGUGAUAGUUGUUAUCAUGACUGUAGACUUCAGCAGGCUGACAACCUUCUUUACUGCUGAAUUCUGUAUUAGACAUGCCACAUAAAGGGCUUUUAGGAGCAGCAGCAGUAAAUACAGUUGUUGUUAGCCUGGCUCUGAUCCUAGCAUGGAUAAGCAAUUACUUUUGGGGGUGUAGAUAAGACCCUUAAGAUACCAUUAUGAAUACAGUAGUGAGUAGAUCCCUUCACAGUGCUGGGCGGUUAUUAAUAGUACUUGCUGAGCACCGUCAGGAGCUGUACAAGCAUAGAUGAAGUUCCAGUACCUGCCCCAGGGAGUUUACAGUCUCAGUCCAACCCCGACACUAACCCUUCAGACACUGGUGAUGUGUAGGCUGCAGGGCCGCACUUCAAGGGGUCUUGACAGACAAGGAACCCCUGUGUUCCAUGUGCGCUGGGCCAUGCUGGAAAGGCCUCUCAGGAGAGAACUGACCAGAGGGAAGGAGGUUGUAUAAUGUGCAAAUUACAGAGAGAUGGGAAUUCAUUGGCUGCGAAGAGCGUGGCAUUGCAAACGAACGAUAUGCAGGUACUGGGUGCAGAGGUGCUCACCACCACCAGACACAGGGCCGUCUGGGCAGGUCUCGUUCCCAACGCGCAUUUGCACGGCAUAAGCAGAGUUACUAAUCUCUCCUCGUCUAUUUUAUUCAUAAAAGGUGACAGCGCUGUAUUUGCAAGCUCCAUUUCCAUCUGGGACAAUUUUACACUGGGCAGUAAAGGGAAGACUUGAAGCUUCAUUUAUACUAUGUACCUAGGCCAUGCUGCUCUAGAAGGCAGCGAGUGCUGGUUUUGUAAGACUCAUGAAUUGAUUCUUUGUGUAUGCAGUGAAUAAAAGACCAUUCUACCUCCGGAAA